AUUUGUAAAAUGGUACUGAAAGUUUGCACCCCUAUCCGAUUAAUCUAAAAAAUAAUUGGCCAACUAAUCGAUUAUGAAAAUAAUCAUUAGUUGCAGCUCUAGUGCAAGUUGUUACUUUAAUAAAAUGUAUGCUACAAGUUUUUUUUUUCCACUAUAGGAAAAUGUGCAGAUAUCAGAUAUAGUACACAACUUGAUUUUGAGAAAGAGAUCAGUGAAAUUAAUUUGGUCUCUUUGAUUGGGGUAAAGGAAUCUCUAAUGUCACACUAAUGAUUUGGUCAUAUUGGUCUCUGUAUCAAAUUGCAUUGCAACUUUAAAUUAAUAUUCUUAAUUUUCUGUCUAAUGUUCAAUGAUCAUCACUCAUAAUGAAUGGAGCUUUUCAGGCAUUUUGUACAAAAUAGGCAUAACAGUGGAUGAAUGUUACAAUAGGGACCUAAAAUCAAAUUGGCAAAAAAGUGUUCCACUUUGAGAAAGAACUUAAAUGGCCCUACUGGAUACUACUAGACACUCAAUGCCAAAGCAUACUUCUGAGUCCUGACCACUGCUUUCAAGUGGCACUUCCACUUGUGUAAUUUGGUGGCCAUAUUGCCAGUAACACACACAAUUUAUACAAUUCAUACAGCAAAGUGUGAGCCUAAAAUAGAUGGCACAGGAUAUCCUAAGAAACACACACCCAGUGUCACACUUCCCCUUCAACUUGUAAUUCAUUUGUAUAGCACAAUGAUAGGCAAAAAUAUAUUAUAUCAAUUUAGGGUGUAGGACGACCAUAAUCUGGGGUUUUUGCUGUGAGAGUACUGUAAAUAACACCAGUGAAAGUAAAUAAUGUAUUGACCCAGGCAGAGGCAGUUAUGGACACUAGCACAGAGUAUUUUAAUAAAAGAACAGGCAAACAUCAGAAAAAGAAGACAAUAAACAAAGCAAGAGGGAAUGGCAAUACUAAGCUAGGAAUAGACAGUUGAGGAAUAGGCACCAGUGGAUACAACAAAACUAAACAUGGAGAAAACCAAAAUAUUUUAAGUGCUGUGAAUAGCUGGGCUAAAUGCAAAUGCUAAUCAUACAGCAAUAAUGGAACACAUAACAGAUGAGUCAAAGACUUAGCAAGGCAACAAGCACAUGGGGAGGUGCAAAGCUUCACAAGGAAAAGCUGAGAAGAUGUGGCUUAUAUAGUAUACACUCUGGUAAUGAGCCCAGCAGCAGGUGUCAGUACUCAGAAGAGGUGAAGUGCUGGGUACAUGCUGCCAGGGACAGAUUCGUGACAAAUAAUAAAUGCUUUGAUGCUAAAUCAAAGUCUCCCUGAUGGUUGCAUUAUCAGCUACAACAGUGUUCAAUUCAGUUUAAUUCUAUUUUAUUUGUAUAGUGCUUUUAACAACAUAUAUUGCCACAAGGCAGCUUUAUAAAAAAUCUGUGUUUAGAACCAUAUUUAUCCAAGUGAAUCCAUCCACACUGCAGCAGUGAGUGAGGCACACAUGUGAAAAUUCCAAACAGAAGAUGUAUCUGAAUUAGGCACGAGACAGGAUAUUAGUGUCUUGAAUAUUGAGGUACAAAAUACUGUCAAAUUUGCUGUGCGCAUUUCAAUUUAAUCUUCAUUAUGUGUUCUACCUCUUCGUAUGCACGAACCACCAGAGGUAGUACUAUACAGUGACUAUUAUUGCUCCCUUUGUAUGCUGUCAUGGCAUGCAGGCCAGAAGAAUUCUGUUGUGAUCUUUACCAAAAGAUGGACGGGGACAGCUUGUAACAGUCCUUUUAUGCUGAGUAGCAAUGGUCAACUCACCACAUGUGGGAAAAUCAAUGUGUUGAUAAAAUUUAGGGAGAACUUUUUUCAUGUUCGCCCUGUUGAAAUCCCCAAUGGCAAUAAAUGCAGCCUCGGGAUAUGAAUUCUCAAGUUUGUUUAUUGUGCAGAGACAGUCUAGUGCAUGUGCUUUGUCUUCUUGAGGUGGGAUGUAAACACAGGCUAGAAUGACCAAGUUGAAUUCCCUGGAGAGGUAGAAGGGGCGAACUUUGAUGGUCAAAAGUUUCAGGUUUGGACAGCAGUAGUUUGCUUAAACAAAGUGUCAGUGCCCAAAUGAAUGUUGACCAAGAAACAUAUUACUGCACCUCUAGUUUUCCCCGUUUUUCCCUGAAUCUGAUGUUCAGUCAGGAACUAUUGUGUUGAGCCAUGUCUCAGUGAAAGACCGUACAUUACAUUCAAUGAUGUCACAGUGAAAUUUAAUUCUCCUGUACAAAUAGUUUGUUAUCCAGUCACUGGAUAUUGGUUAGUAGAAUGCUGGGUAGAGUAGGGUUGGAAUAUCUAUUUCUAAUUGGGCACCGUAUGCCAGCAGAUUUACCACUCUUGGUCCUGUUGCCAUGGAGAACUGCCCAUGAAGUUUCAAAAUGAAGUUGUUAAGAUGAAAAAAAUGGAGAAGGUUAUUAAAACAUCGGCAAAACUUUGAAUUUUCUUAGGAGAACUGUGAAAUCCAUUAUAACAAAGGAAAAAAAUAUGGUACAUCCCAGACCAAUAUCAUGGCAAAUGGACUGAAUGGGGGGCAGAGCUCAUAGGAGAACAUGUUCAGAGCCUCUUCACAGAGCCAGCCUCAAUGGAAGAGUGGCCACAAGGAAGCAGCUUCUGAGAAAUGUUAGAAAAUGCCAUUUGGUCUAAAGCCAAAGCACAAUGUUACAGCCCAACACUAAAGUAACACCAUUCCCAUGAUCAAGCAUGUUGGAGGUGGCAUCAUGCUUUAGUGUUGCUUUUCAGCAGGAGAAACUGGAAAGCUUGUGGCUAUCACAAGCAACAUGAAUGGAGCCAAAUUUAAGCAAGCUGAGAAGAACCUGUUCCAGUCAAAUCUAUAAUUGCUACAAAAGGACAAUUCAAACUGAGGGGUGAAUACUUUCAAUUAAUCAGAUUUUAGAUAUUGUACAUUCAAAUAAUUCUUUGGAAUUUAUUUAAUUUUGUUUGUGUAGAGAGUCAUUUUAUAAGGAGCUGAAAGAAUCUCAUACUGAUAUGCUUAAAUUUGAUGUUGCAAUACACCAAAAAGGGAAGCAAUCAUGGGGGGGUACUUUCUGGAGGAUGUGUAUAUACUUUAAAAGAUCAAGCUAUGAAGACAAUUGGGGCAGAAUUUCAAAUUCUACCAAGAAAGCUAGCUAAAUAACAUUACAUGCUCCAAACCAAGCAACAACUCUUACCUAGCUGCUAGAUUGCCAAACGGAUGUUGAGCUAGCGUUACAUUAAUUUAUAACUUAGCUUAUUGUUGUCAUCCUUAAUUAUCUUGUUAUUAGGUUAUCUCUACUACUUACCACAACUCUGCUUCCUCUGUUCCUCAGGUAAGGUAAGUUCUCUUCAUUUUGAAGAGGGUGACAAUUCAAAAUAAGUCCAACAUGCAAGCAAGAUGGGGCUCCCUUUCUGGAAUUUCCUGAUAGUGUGUUGUACAUUAUCCAUCAGAGGUUUUGAGGAAGUUCUGCACAUUGAGAUUUAACAUUUUCAUGGGCUUAGUGUUAGCUUUACGGUGACCCCGUAAUGAGUUUAAUCCAUUUUGGAAUAAGGCUGUAACAUAACAAAAUGUGGAAAAAGGGAAGCGCUGUGAAUACUUUCCGGAUGCACUGUAAGUCAGUAUCAAUGUCAGACUUAAAAGUCUAUAUAUGAAUGGUGGGUGCCCACUCAUAAUAUUCUAACUGACUUUAAAUUGCUCAAUUUAUCAGUAUCCUUAUGGAUAAAGCACUCACCUCAACUACCACCUUCUUCUCUAAAGGCAGUGAACCCAUCUCAUCCUAUGACCAUUUCUAUUGAACGUUUCCAGAGAGUGUUGGCCAUUACCCUGAGGGAAAGGAUAUGGGAGAGCAACUUUUCCCCAUUGAACAGGGUAACCGGAGCACCACUGAAUACACUGUAGAGUUCCAGACAUUGGUGGCUGGCAGUAGCAGUGACUGGAAUGAGCCAGCAACAAAGGCAGCUUAUGGCCAAGAUUUGUAACAGGAUAUCUUAACUGAGCUUGCCUGUCAUAAUGAUAAAGCCACCUUAGACAGUUAAAUAGACAUUUAACUGUCUAUCCAAAUGGGUCAGCUUUUGAAACAGUGAGACAAAGCAAUCACAGAGGAUUAAACCCUUCUCAACCAAGUGUGAUGGCACCCAUGUAGAUUGGACAAAAAAAGUUCAGCGCUAUGGAACACCAAAGACGACAAUGUGAAGUACUGUGCUUUUACUGUGGCAGCUCCAAACAUUGCAUCGUCCGAAUGCCCUCAUCCACAAACCACAUCAACACAUGGUGUGAGCAAGCAAGCCAGCUUCUACCUUUUGCUCAGCUAUGGUAAGUAAAGUAAUGUCCAGUAUAAUUAAUUUCAUACUCAGUUUUCUCCAUGCAAGUUCAGAUUAGUCAGGAUUAGAAUGUUAAUUGACUCCAGAGUCAAGGGCAAAGUCAUUGACCAAGCCCUGGUGGAGAGAUUCCAUCUGUACACUCAACCUCUUCAGUCCCCUCUCCAAAUUCAAGCCCUCAAUAGAGCACCUAUUAGAGGAGGCUCCAUCACUCACCAUAAUGCACUAGUUAAGAGCCCUAGACCAAGAUCUUUCUCUUCGUCACUGUGACAAAAAUUCCCCAUCAUUCUAGGAUUUACAUGGAUGCACUCUUAUAAUCCACAUAGCUCCUGGGCUGAAAAAUAAAUUAUCCACUGGUCUCCUCAGUGUCACACUUCAUGCCUCCAAAACAACCAGCCCCCACACGGAUUAUUCUUUGUGGGGAAGAAGGGGGAGGACUCAAGCCAUGCAUUGACUACAGGGGACUGAACCAGAUCAAAAUAAUAUAUUAUUACCCCCUGCUGCUUGUUCCAUCUGCCUUAAAACAACUUGGAGAUGCCCAUAUAUUUACAAACUGGACCUGUGAAGUGGAUACAACCUGAUUCACAUCAGAGAAGGUGACAAAUGAAAGACAGCAUUUAGCAGCACUAUCUCUGUCCACUGUGAAUAUUGCAUAAUACCAUAUGGUCUCUCCUGCGCGCCUGCAGUGUUCUAAUAUCUGAUUAACAAUGUUCCCUAUGACAUACUGGAAAAGAUUUCAAUCACAUAUAUAGAUGAUAUCUUGAUCUAUUCGCAAUCACUAGAAACUCACAUGAACCACAUCAAGCAGGCACUGAGAAGGCUGCUACAAAACCAGUUGUGUGUUAAGGGGAAAAAAUGUGGGGUUCACCUUUCUUUACCAUCAAGGGGGUCUCAUGGAGGUCUGGGUAAAUGCUGUCUGAGAAUGGCCCACACCCAUAACUUUUAAGAAACAUCAACUAUUCGUCAGCUUUGCAAAAUUCUACAGGCAAUUUAUUCAUACAACCCCAAUUCCGAAAAAGUUGAGACAGUAUGGAAAAUGUAAAAAAACCCAAAAAGAGUCAUUUGAAAACAAGUUAUUAACACAUUCUUUGAUGUUGUACUUUGUGAAUUUAAUUUAUUUUUGGAAAUAUGCACUUAUUUCAAAUCUGAUGACUCCAACACACUCCAAAAAAGCUGGGACAGUUGACAGAGAGAGAUGGUUUGUAUGUUUCAUCAAACCUUAUCUUGACAAGCCUAGGUCAAAGGUCACCACCAGUAAUCUUUACCUUGUCAGGUCUAGGUCAAAGGUCAUCACCAAUCAUCCUUAUCUUGACAGGUGUAGGUUAAUGAUUAUUAAUGUUAGGUUAGUUGUAAUCUGUUGUGUUCCCACUGAUUAAAUAAUGUCAUAGGUAAAUAAUUAAUGUCAAUUAAUAAUGAUUUUCCAUACAAUUUUUCCACUCAAAAAUUUGACACACACACACUCAGAAGAUACUCCCUGAACAAUCAGAAUAAAGAAAUCUAAAGUGCUCCACCCCAGUAGUAUGUACACCAUAAGUUUUUAGAAGAAGACGACCACAUCCACCCUCUUCAUUUUAAAUACUCUGUAUGUGUAAUAACGUGUAUGAGCAUUCAACUAUUGCUGUUUGUCCUAAUACACCUAAAGGUUCAGUCUACUUUGGGAAGAUUAGAAAAAUUUUUAGAGAUUCAAUAUUGGGUAAUGUCAAACGGUUGUACAGCCGGAUUUUUUUUUUUCGAUGCAGAAAAAGAAGACAUUGUGCUUUUCAAGUUCUCGGUACCAGGUAACUUUUGAUGUGUGUGACUGAAAAAAGUUCAGAAAAUGGUGUAAGGAUUUUGACUACACUGGUAGAAUGGAUUUCUUUUCACCAGAGCCAUACAGGCGUAAAUGGCGUAGUACGUCUCCGCAAUGCAAAUAUUACAUCAGAGAGCAACAAGUUUCUCCAAGAAUCACGUUUCACUGCACUGUUUCGCUGUUAUAACCAGUGACUAUGCAUAAAUCUGAUGAAAUAAAGUCACCGAGAAUAUUAUAUGUAGAAUAAUGAUUAAUGUUGAUAGUGUCGUGGAAAUUAGACAACACUCACAGACUCGUCCUCUGAUGGUAAAAAGGUUUAUUACAGAAAGAUGGUUAAUACAGGAUAGAAUAAAGCAGGAUAGAAUAAUGAGAGCGCUCUGAAGCCCUUGUACUAACCACUACUAUAUAUAUGAAACGCAGAGCAUGACAUAAUUCUGUGUACCGAUAAGAAGCAGUUUGAGGCAGUUCAAACAGGCUUUGUUUUAGGAUCUUGAAAGAUGUUUAGACGAACCUUGAACAGAAGAACAUGUUUGUGUUCCUGUAAGCAGAUAAACAUUCUGUACUGAUCUCAGUGACAUGACAUGGCCUUCUUAGGCGUUAUCCUCACAUGAGAAUGAAACAGAACAAGAACAAACUUAUUACAAAAUAAAAAUGAGUAAUUUCCCUCACAAUAGUCACUGGUGACUGCGCAUAAUUCUGUUUAAAUAAUAAGUUCAUAGCUAAAUGAUUAUUGUUUAUAGUACACGUAUACUUUAAAACUGAAUCUGGUGUGUAGACAUAACGGUGAUAAAUAAUUAGGUCAUAAGCUAAUGAUUAUCGGUAGUCCUUCACAUAGAUCAAUACAUUCAGGUGCAUUUCUAUAAUUGCAUACAUGCAUAUGCCCUGUCUAUAAAAGGCUAACACUCCUGAGAGUUAUCACAUCUUUGGAAAUACAGCAAAGGAUUGAAAGAACUUCCAGUCUUUCCUUUCAGAGACUUGGACUUUUCAGUAGGUAAGAAGAUGUAUUUUAAAUUUAAAUCAUUAAUUAUAAAUUGAAAUAGAAUGCUUAAGUAAUUUUCCAAUUUGAUAUUAGCCUAUACAAUAAUUAGCGUAUGAAAUAUUCAGAACAUUUCUGAUUACAACAGAGAUGAUCCUUCUACUUAUCCGAUCAUUUAUGUCAUCUGGUAUGGGACUAUACCUAAAGUUUAAUCUUCAAUACAAUUAUAUUACAGAUCAAGUCCGAACUAAGUUCAUCUGAUUCUAGUGUCUAGGAUAAGACAACAGCAUUGUGAUUAUUUCUGACGACAAGUUUCCUGAGACAUCCACACAAGACAUUGAGGACACCAUGACUACCAGUGGUGGUGAUGAUGAUUCAAGCGCAUCAGAUACGAGUGAUUUCGAAAAUGGUGGUAAUACAGAAGAACAAGCGGAAUUCAACUCGGAAGCCGGCAUUCAACUUGAUCACGAAUUAGAAGAGAUCACCAAAACGUUGAAAGAAUUCUUCCAAGUAAAGACUGCUUUAUUGGAAAGCGUUGGACAUCUUGAUAAUGCAAUUGAAUAUGGUCCAGGACACAUGUGAUCAGAUUGCUAUAAAGCAGUGUCGUCAAGAACUGAGUGCUAAGAAUAAGGAAAGAUGGUGUUUGGAGAUCCAAAUUAUGAAGAGGUUGAAUCAUGUAAAUGUGGUCGCAGCAAGAGAGGUGCCUGAGGAGUUGCAGAAAUUAGCCACUAAUGACCUGCCUCUGCUGGCCAUGGAGUACUGCCAAGGAGGAGACCUUCGCAAGUAUCUCAACCUACUGGAGAACUGCUGUGGGAUGAGAGAAGGCUCCGUUAUGAUCCUGCUGCGAGAUAUAUCCUCUGCCCUCACAUACCUUCAUACAAAGAGGAUAAUUCACAGAGAUCUCAAACCAGAGAACAUUGUGCUCCAACAGGGAGAGAAAAGGUUAAUUCAUAAGAUCAUUGACUUGGGCUAUGCUAAGGAGCUAGACCAGAGCAGUCUGUGCACAUCAUUUGUAGGGACUCUGCAGUAUCUGGCACCCGAGUUGCUGGAACAACAGAAGUACACAGUGACAGUGGAUUACUGGAGUUUUGGGACUUUGGUGUUCGAGUGUAUCACUGGUUUCAGACCCUUUCUGCCAACCUGGCAGCCUGUACCCUGGCACAAUACGCUGAAGCAGAAGCAUGAGGAUGAUAUUGUGGUCUAUGAGGAUUUGGCAGGCGAGGUGCACUUCUCCAAACACCUGCCACGGCCCCAUAACCUCAACAAUUUGUUAGCUGGCAGGCUGGAGCGUUGGCUGCAGUUAAUGCUGAGGUGGUCUCCUCAAGCCAGAGGAAAAGACACUAAGCAGAUCCCUAAAGAAAGUCCAGAUGGGACAGAGUCUGAGGAGAAGAGCAAGAAAUCUGAGGAAGGCGGCAGAGACCUGCAGAGUGGAUCCACUACCUGCUUUGAGGAAUUAGACCAAAUCCUAGACCUGAAGCUAGUCCAUGUGCUGAAUAUGACCUCAGCAGAGAUUUGUACAUACUCAGUGCAGUGUGGGGAGCCUGUUUCAUCCCUGCAGAAACGAAUUGCACAAGAUACACACAUUCCUCCGGCCAGUCAGGAGCUGCUGUUGGAGGCCGGCCUUGCUCUGGAGCCUCAUAAUGAGAUCAUGCAGUGUGCUGUAGAUUAUACCUUGGUUGAUGGUCGUCGGGUUGAUAUGCCACUUGUCUUUCUGUUCAACCGCUCAUGCUGCAGCUAUGAACCUCAGUUCAGCCCUCGAAUCCUCCCUGAUAACAUUCGAUUCAUUCAGACAGAGCCUAAGCGCAUGUUGCCCUACAGCGCUCAAAGACGCACAUAUGGGCAAGCCUGGCACACCAUAAGAGCACUAAAGGAAGACUGGCUGAAGUUGCAGCAGGGCCAGAAGGCAGCCAUUAUGAGCCUGCUGAGGCAUAAUGGCUUGUUGUCCAAGCAGAAGAAUGAGAUGGUCUCUGUGCACCAGAGACUCAAAGCUACGCUUGAAUUCUUCACUACCAGUCUGCACAUCGACAUGGACAAAUACCAGGAGCAGAGGGCCACUGGCAUUGCUUCAGAGAAGUUACUAAGUGUCUGGAGAGAGAUGGAGCAAACUGCACUCAGCCAUGGUCAGACAGAUGAUGUAACUAUGUUGGAGGAAGAGAUGAUGAAAUUACAGACUGAUAUAGUAGACCUCCAGAGACAUCCUUGGAGGAGUGGAGAAGCCCUGGAGUCUCUUGAGGGGAAGGCAAUGGACUUAUUCCGCAAGCUCAGAGAGAAACCCAGGGAUCAGAGGGGUAUAGGUGAUUGUCAGGAAGUGGUGAAGCUGGUGGUCCAGGCAAUUCAGUUCUAUGAGAAAAAACUUAGAGAGUUUUACUCACACCUCAGCAAGACAGUGGUGUGCCGACAGAGGGUGAUGGAGUUGCUGCCUCGGGUGGAGGGCAUGGUGAGCAGCAUGGCUCAGUGUGAGCAGGAAUUGCGUCGAAUGCAAGAAAAAAGACAGAAGGAGUUGUGGAACCUGCUUAAAGUGGCCUGUAGCAAGGUUCGGAGUCCUGUAAGUGGGAGUCCUGAUGGAGGGCGAACCCCACCUAACUCUGGUCCUCCAUUGCUACAGCACAGACCUCCUCAUCCUGACAGCCUUCUUAUUCUCCACCAACCGGAAGAAUCCAUGAUGGUCAUUGAAGAAAGCAAGACAUUUGAGAGUAGAUUGCAUAGUUUGGUGCAGGAGACAAUUAAGGAGACAGAAAUCAACAUGCAGGUGCUGCAGGAAUGGACAUGGUUGAACAGAAGCCAGGAUCUCUUUUGAUAUUUUUCAUUAACUUUAGUCCCAGUGAGAAGUAUAAAAUUUUACUCAAUGCAGGGAACAGAAGAUUUUGGGACUACACUUUAUAUUACACAUGAUUAUUAUGUAAAAAGCACAAAAUAAUGAAGGUGCAUAAACAUCAGUUAUGGGAAUCAUAAUUUUAUCUGCCCAUAAUUUAAAAAAAAAUACUUAAUAUUUUAAACUGUCAAAUUCAAGAUUGUGGCCAUGGUUAUAUAUAUGGUCAUCAUUUUCCAUGAUGGCGACAAGACCAGAGAUUUGAAUCAACACACCUUUUUAAAUGGAAUUUAAUGGAAUUUUAUUUCUUUGUCUAGUCAUUCACCACAGCACAGUCAGAGUAAAACAGGUGUAAGAAAAGUUAAAGACAGCAAAUUAAUCCUUUGUCUGAAGUGCCUACAAAAAAUACAGGUAUUACUUCUGUAUUAAAAUAAAUAACUUUAUUUACUUCUUUUAACUAUCUAUCUGAUUGUAUGGCAGUUAAAAUGUGAAAAAAUCUAAGUCAUUUAUAUAAAUGUGAGUGAAAAAG